CAUUGAUUCACCCAAUCCGCUUUGCCGAUGAGCUACACAUCUCGUCUCUAGUUCAAGCUUCCUUCCUUUUCCGGGGAUGUCGUACAACCGAAAAAUGCCAUGCUCACGUUUGCAAUUAGUCCUAACCGGCUCGGAAGCUCCCCUGUUCUGGCCACCAACUGGCCUCGAUUGUGGCUUACCCCGCGUCGGUGAUUUCUUUGCUUGCAGAACCCGAGUCUUGAUUGGACAUAUUAUUUGAUUGACAAAUUUUAGCCUAUCUGGGUUGCUCAGGGUCAAAUGAUGGGCCAACAGCGACGCCAACAAGAUUCGACUCGGGAAGGUGAUAUACUCCGUAUGUGUCCUGAGAUCUACCUACUACCGAGUUCCUCCUUACCCGACCAGACGACCGAACAUCUUCCCCUGCGUGUCUGCUUGGGUCCCUGUAUUGGGGUCUGCCAAGGCCAAAACACACGAUACCAAGCUGGUAUUGGAUCUUUUUCACCAAGUUUUCGCAGUGUGUUGAUUGAUUCCAGCUCAUCACCAUCACCACGUACAUGCAGGCACCCCACCAAUAUCCUACCCCAUGUAGCGCGCCGCUGGCGGCCGGUCCCUGCUCCCGACUGGUCAGCUUGUCCUGUCGGCUACUCUCCACUUUCCCCUUUCUGCCAGGACCUCCCUCCAGAGCACAUCUCCUUUCUGGUGUGCUGAACCCGCAUCACGCACAGUUGCAUGGUAUACUGCGACGCUGCACCAUAGAAUUGGCAGUUCCCAAUUCGUCCCUGGGCGCUUCGAGUGCUUACCAUUGGCGGUUCUUACACACCAUCUUGUCGUCCUUGAAUGGUGUUGGUGGGGGCCAGGCCAAAAAGCUUGAGAAUGAAGCUUGAGUUGCAUAGAUACAGAGAUCGUCGCCCCCAAAAUGUGUACACAUAUCUCCCAGUCCCUUGCCCGAUAUCCUCGUCUGCAAGCCAUCCAUCCUUCUUAUUUACCCACAUUCUCUCGUUACAGACCUGUUUUGGUUUCCGACUUCUCUUCUCUUAGUAUACACAAUCCCUCAUGACUACAUACGCAUCUUAAUAUUAUAUUAUCUUUUAAACUGGCGACCAUUGCUGGCCACUGAUCGUCACUAUCGGCAAUCAUCACAAGCUUGAUCGUUGGGUAUCACAUCAAGAGCAAGGACCGAAGCUAUCUAUAAUCAUCUUCGUAUAAUCGACAAAAAGACAUCCAUUAGCCACCAAAACCCAGGCCCAGCAGAACACAAUGGCUUCCAGAAGAAGAGCAGCCUUUGCACUCACAGCACUGCUCAUUAUCCCAACUCACGUGUCCGCUUUGCAGGUGUCGCCAAACUCACCUUGUGCACCAGUUUGUCUUGACCGGGAGGAUCAGAACGUUUCAGACCCACAGUCAUCCGUCACUCGGCCUGUGGACAUAACUUGCAAGGAUGGCGACUACUCCAAGACGGCCACAGGGACCAAGUGGAAAAGGUGUAUGACUUGUCUUGAGAAAAGCAGUUUCUCUCAAGGCAGUGAGUCGGAUCAGGGUUGGUUCUUGUAUAACACGCGGUACAACUUCAACUACUGCGUCUUCGGAUACCCCAACAACACAGAGAUUGGUUCAAACCCAUGCCAGACAUCCCGAGCUUGCGGAGCCCUGAAAGACGCCUUAGUGGAUGGCAACAUGGACCCUGAAAAGUCAAGCGAGUAUGGGUACUGCAAUGCCGAUGGCAAUUCCAUGACGGGUGAAUUCUUCGACAAGUGUCUCACUUGUAUCGCCUCGUUCAGGGAUCAGGUAGUCGUCCGCAAUGGUCUCAUCGCCCUUGGGGCAGGCUGUCAGCAGCGGCCUGGGCCCGGCAAGAUCUUGGGCCUCAACGACACUAUAUUCGCGUCGACGCCGGUAGGCAUUCUCAACGGUGACGUAACAAACGAUAGCUCUCAUGCCCAGGGCGGAUCUACCACGCCGACCACCACGAUGAUCAUAGGUAUCGUCUCGGGAGUUCUUGUUGCAGGUGCAAUCGCGGGCAUUAUCUAUGUGUGCGUGCGCAAGCGCCGUGACGCCCGCCGUCGCGCCAACGCGGCUCAGCAAGGCUGGGACCCCGCGACUGGCUACCAUCUCUCGCACGGUGGGAAUGGUGACAAUGGCCCGAUUAGCCCUCUCUCCUUUCGCUGCCAAACGAACCUCUCCCCGACAGCGCCGCAGCCCUUCGACUUCAGCCCUGUGGAGCAGUAUAGCGACGACAAAUCACAACCGAGACAGUACAUCACAUCCACGUCACGUCAUCCACCCAACGUGUCACCGGUGGCUGAAAGUCCUGGGCAUUUUACGCAUGCGCAUUUCUCUCAAAUGCAGCAGUCGGAAAAGGAGGCACUGGGACUGCAUCAGCUGACGACAACGGCGCUGCCCGCGGCGCCCAGGAACACCCACUACUCCCCACACGCUGGGCCAGGCAUGAUGCGUGGCUCGCCCGUGUCUGCGACGCCAACCUCAGCCACGCAGCUCCUCCCGGGUGGCGGAGUAGCCAUGUACGUGCCCGCCGACUACGCCGGCACGUCGCCGAUUCACGUGCAACAACAGCAUCAGCCUGCCAUCUGGCAGCAACAGAGCUCGCCGCCACAGCAAUGGGGAUGGCCAGGCCAACCGACACAGCAGCCCCAGCAACCCCAGCAGCCGCAAUUUGAGUUUGAGUUUCCGCAGCAUCGACCGCACCAGUCGCCGCCGGCACCAAGCAAGAGCCCAAAGCUGCGACUGCAGAGGAAGGGAUCAAUGGAGAAGAGCUCGCAGGGGCUGAAGGAAAGCAUGGAAAUUCAGACUAGCUUUCCCGGGCCGCCUGGUAAGCGUUGAUUAGGGGAUGUGGAGCUGAACGGCUACGGAGUAUGCACAUCUGGACUUUUUGUUUUUCUUAUGUUUUGUGGCGGAGCCGGGGCUGGAAGUCGUUGUCUGUUCUAGAAUCUCAUUUGUCAAGUUCUUUUGUGACUUAGUCGGUUUGCGAGGCGUUUAGGCCAGAGGGGGAUACCUGAUGAUGGGGGAAUAUAGCGUGCGGGGUUUGUUGGGGGGACUGGGCGUUUGUGUGUGUGUCUUUUUUUUGUGUGGCAGUAUUCCCUCGAGUAGGCCAGUUAUAAUUUGUGUUCAAAUAACUAAACCAGAAUGUCUUGUGCAAUG